GCGCGCGCUAGCGUUCAAGCGAGACAGCAAGUGUGAACCACCGAACUGCAGUAGGCCAUUCACUAUGAGCUGGCCCCAUAACGAAGUGGUCGACCGGAAGGCUGAGAGUCACAGCAGCUUGUCUUCUUGCGGCAACUACGAGGACGUGUGCAAGCCUCCGCCCGGUGCUCCUCCCAUUCCUCAGCCCAAGAGGAAAGUGUCUCUCAGUCAUCUGCCCUUCAUUACGCAGCCUCAGAAUGAACAGGACAUUCGGUGCGGAUGGUGCGGCUUUCGACCAGCUUUCCUCGAGAGGUUCGAGCAUCCGCGGUACGUGCUGCUUGUUCUGUGUUGCAUGGUGUUCCUGCAAGGGCUCGUUGUUAACGGGACGGUUUACAUGGUGUUGCCGACUAUUGAGCGGCGUUUCCAGCUCAAGAGCUUUGAGACCGGUUCUGCGAUUUCGAUGUACUAUAUGGCAUCCUGCAUCUCUGCUCCCAUUGUCACUCUUGUAGCGUCGAAGCGGAGCAAGCCCACAUAUCUAGCCAUGGCUACCAUCGUUAUUGGGAUUGGCACCAUGGUGCUCACUAUUCCACAUUUUAUGGCACCACGCUACAGGCAUAGCUUAUCUGAGGAUGACCUUUGUCCAGCACAGCACCAAGACGCUGCAAUCUGUGCAUCUGCAAGAGGCAACUUGCGCACCUACCGUUACGUUUUCUGGUUGGGUCACCUGAUUAUGGGUGCCGGGUCCUCUCCCAUGUACACUCUAGCACUGACCUACCUGGAUGAGAAUCUUCCUACUACUUUAUCCACCAGAUAUAUUGCUAUCUAUCAUGCCACGUCGCUGCUGGGCACGGCUUCUGGGUUCGUACUCUGUGGAUACAUUCUGAAUAUCUACACCGACUGGGCUGUCGAUGCGUCCAAGCAUGGUCUCACAGCGGACAGCAAGGUCUGGGUGGGUGCAUGGUGGCUCGGGUACCUAAUAGGCUCCGCUCUAUCGUUCAUCGUUGCCUUACCAAUCAGCCUUCUACCCAAACAGCUCCCGUGCCGAAUGUGGGCCCAACUGGAGGAAAGAUGCGACGCCGUAACCAAUAAGUCCAAGUCCCUGAAACAUACGAACAAUGACAUCAAGCAUUUGCCUUCAAAUGUGGUACUGCUGCUGCGUAACCCAACAUUCGUCUUUAUCUGCCUCGCGGGAACCACAGAAACUAUGAUCAUAACGGGACUCGCGACAUUCAUCACCAAGGUAUUUGAGUCGCAACUUGGAUUGACCACUUCUGUCAUCUCCAAGGUUUUAGGUUGCGUAGCCGUGCCUAGUGCGUGCGCAGGCAUCCUUUUAGGCGGCCUGUGCGUCAACAAGUACAACUUGAGCAUAGAAGGCAUCAUCCGCAUGUGUCUUAUAUCUUCCGUCAUUCCGUGGUUCACCAGCUUUAUUUUCCUCUUCCACUGCCCGAAUCUCUCGUUUUUUGGUCUCAACCAUACGUCCAGCAGGUUUCUUGUCAACAAUGUGACGACAAAAUUCGACCAGUCAUGCAACGCCUACUGUGGAUGUCCAAUAGAGAACUACAACCCAGUCUGUGGCAAAGACAAGAGCACGUACUUUUCGCCCUGUUUCGCUGGCUGCCGAAGGGACUAUAUUUUCGAAAGCUUUAAAGUGUAUACGGACUGCGAAUGUAUCAACCAUGAGGGUGAGUCAUUCAUAGUGAACACGGGCACCACGGAGCGAGUCCAAGCGGAUCGCAAGAAGUGUCACCAGCAGUGCGAUAUUCUUCCCAGCUACAUCGUGGGAAUGAUCCUUUAUAUGUUCGCUACGUUUCUCACCUACACUCCGGGAUUGUCGGCGACUAUACGAUGUGUGGACCAAGACUUGAAAGGCAUAGCACUGGGAUUCCAGUGGACGGCCGUGAUUUUCUUAGGUGCGUUUCCGGCAUCCGCGGUGUUUGGUUACGGCAUCGACAAUAGCUGCAUUCUUUGGAACUCUGUGUGCGAGAAGGCGGGCGCAUGCGCGGUGCACGACAACGAAGUGAUGGCUCGGAACCUGUUCACUGCCACCAUUGUGUUGAAAACACUCUCAGUAUUGUUCUUCACGAACGCCCUUAUAUUCACGACACCCGAAGCUGACAAAGAUGUGCCGGCCGGAGGAUCUGUCGAAUACGACUCGAGUUCCGCUGUGGUGCCUCUGUCUCAGGGUCGUCGCGAUCGACUUCGACGCGCAUCCGUUCUAUCUCUCUAUUGAAAUAUAUUAAAUGGGUACACAAUA